AUGGAUUCAAAUGACAAGCGCAUUAUGCAAAUGUUCAAAACGUCUGGUUGGACCAGCCUGAAGCGUCUGCAGAUCCUUCUAUCAACGCCAGAGCCAACAGCUGGCGCCAUAGCUGAGCAGCUCUUUGCAAGUGCAUUGAGAUUGGUCGACCUGGACACUGUGGAGAUGAUGCUCAGGGCCGGCAUGAGUCCAAAUAAUCCGAUUGAGACCGUCCGCUAUGGGGCGCUUACGCCCCUGCAAUUUUCCGCGUCGAUUGCGUGGGAGGAAGACACGGGCCUUAUGGACCUACUUCUAUCUCAUGAGGUUGAUGUGAACUUGUCAUACAAUGGGAAUUCCGCCCUCCACUAUGCCAUCCGAAGCGAUUGUGAACAGGCAAUGCGAACACUUCUGUCCCAUGGCGCUAUUGUUUCGCCGUCGUGUCUUCGUGAUGCUGCGAUGUAUGACAUGAGCAGCAUUGAGAUCUUCAGGGACUUUGUUGAUGCAUGCGAGGAUGUGAACGCACGAACAGGGUGGCAGGAUAUAAGUGCCCUUGCCCAAGCUGUGGAGUCCCGAAACGUUGCAAUGAUAGACAUUUUGCUUGCUAAAGGUGCUGACGUCAAUUCCCUGGUGGCUAUAGAGUUUGAUGACGACUGGGGAACAACCACUGUUCUAGGCCUUGGCGUCACGUCAAAGAAGCUUGAAAUCAUAGAGCCUCUAUUGCGCGCUUGUGUGAAUGUCAACCCAGAUGUGGAUGGGCUGCCUUUGGUUUCGCCCCUCGCGCUAGCUGUCGAGGUUGGAUGUUUCAAAAUCACCCAACUUUUGCUCGAGGCAAAAUUGGACGUUGCAGCUGCUGAUGGCGGUGGAAAAGUAACUCUUCUUGAGCGUGCCGUGAAGAAAACCAACGUGGAUUUGUGCAGAUUGUUGAUAGCUCAUGGUGCCAAGGUAGAUAGACCUUGGAAUCAUGAGGAACAGAGCUCGUCCGCUCUCCUUGUUGCACUGGAAAUGAGCAGCCUUGAAAUCGUCAACUUGUUGAUCACCUGUGGAGCACGACUGAAUGAUGUCUACAGCAGAGCCCCUGGAACUGUGCUUGGCGCCGCCAUUGAAAAAGGAGACCGAGCACUGCUUCAUAUGCUGCAGAGUGCUGGAGCGUCCGUGUUCCCCCCAAAGCUACGCCGUAUCGGAAACAUGGAGACUGCUAUAUAUCUGCAGCAAAGUGGAAUAUUGCAGGGUAUUUUGCAGAUAUGCGGACGCAGUAUUCUGACGGCUGCAAUAUUAGCAAAAGACCAUGAACUAGUGCAGUACCUGCUUGACAUCAACAUCAACAUCAACUUCCUAGCUACGACUACAGAUGUUGAAUGUUCUAACUCUGAGCAAACACCACUGGGAGCAGCAAUCCAGACACGCAAUUUCUUUGUUGCUGAGGCUAUCCUUCAACGGGACGCCAGGGUCACUGACAGUGACCUCAGUCAUGCAGUCGCUGCUACUAUUUCUGACGACAACCGUACUCAAUUCCUGGCGCGCUUACUGACAGGCUUCCUUGGAAAGACUCCUACGGCAGUUGGUAAUACGAUACUGCUCGGGAGAUGCGACCUCCUGCAACUCAUUCUAGAGGCAGGCGUGGACCCCACAGGAGCGCCACAGAUGUUUGAGGAGGUUUGGGAUCUGGAUGGAUUUUGUCUGGAUACCCCUGAGUCGGCACUCGAAAUAGCAGCAGAGCAGGGCGAUAGGUCUAUGCUGCAGAUUCUUCUUCAGUCCGCCCCGUGGGACCCAAGGUCAACUGGCCGUGCUUUGACAAUUGCGGUCUUUUUGGGUCAGAAUGACUUGGCGGAGGACCGGCUAAAUUUCAGGCCGGACGUGAACCAAGAAAUAACGGUUUUCUAUCCGGAUGAUGAGGAUGAAUAUGGAGACAUGGUAGAAGCAAGGAAGGAGGUCUUCACUCCUCUUCAGGCUGCGGUCAAAAUGCAGCAGGUUGCCGUGGCGCGGAAACUAGCUGAGCACGCCGAUAUCAACUACCUAGGCGAAGGUGCUCAUCGCCGCACGGCCUUGCAACACGCAGUCGACAACGGAAAUAUGGAACUGGUAAAUAUGCUUCUUGCUCACGGGGCUGACGUCAACGGGGCCCCUGCUACCGACGGUGGCGCUACGGCAUUACAGAUCGCGGCCAUUCGAGGAUACCUUGGCAUCGCCCGAAGACUGAUUGACCUAGAGGCAGAUGUCAAUGCAGCUCCUGCAAUAUUCAAUGGACGCACAGCGCUGGAGGCAGCAGCCGAACAUGGUCGGAUCGAUAUGCUUCAGAUGCUUCUUAAUGGCGGGGCAUCAAUCACCGGCGAUGGCGAACAGCAGUAA